ACAAAACGCACGAGUAUACCUCGCUGUCAAAUUAAAAUUUGAGCAAAACAAAAUGUUGUGUUGUUUUUUGGACUGCUGGCAAUGUAAUUUCAACGAGUUCAUAAUUGAGAAUUCUUAAGAACCAAAUUCAUAUCAUUUCCCAUCAACAUGUCUUGCAAUUAUGCCGAGGGGUUGUCCCCGUAUGAACACAAAGGCGUUCUAGGCAUUCCAGAGAAAUUUGACCCCAUAGAGAAAUUCAACAAGAAAUGUGAAAUCCUGGCUAAGCUCAUCAAUGAGAGCAAGCAUGUGGUGGUGCACACUGGAGCUGGCAUUAGCACUUCAGCCGGAAUACCAGAUUUUAGGGGACCAAAUGGUGUGUGGACUCUGGAACGAGAAGGUAAAAAGCCCACUACAGAUGUGUCAUUUGCCGAUGCCAAACCAACCAAAACCCACAUGAUCCUGAAGAAGCUGGUGGAAUGCAAGAAAGUGCAAUACAUUGUCAGUCAGAAUAUAGACGGGCUGCACUUGAAGUCCGGUUUGGCGAGGAAGUACUUAGCAGAACUGCACGGAAACAUGUUCGUUGACGAAUGUACUUUAUGUAAAAGACAGUUCGUGCGCCACCGUCCCGCCGAGACGGUGGGGCGGAAGAGCAGCGGCGCGGCGUGCGGCGCGGCGCUGGCGGGCGCGCGCGGCUGCCGCGGCCGGCGCCGCGACGCCGUGCUGGACUGGGACCACGCGCUGCCCGACGACGACCUCGCCAUGGCCGACUACCAUUCCAGUAUUGCAGAUCUAAGUCUUUGUUUAGGGACUACCCUACAGAUUAUUCCCAGUGGAAAUCUACCUCUCGAGACAGUCAAAUACGGCGGGAAAUUAGUCAUAUGCAACUUACAAGCAACUAAACAUGACAACAAAGCAGAUUUAGUAAUCAAUUAUUAUGUGGAUGAUGUACUAGAACGGGUAAUGAACAUUUUAGGUAUUGAAAUACCUACAUACAAUGAGUCUGAGGAUCUAACGAAACAUGCUGAAUCUGCUAUAAUUAAUUGGACUAUUGAUAGAAAAGACGUGCUUGCUUUAGAGAAGAUUUAUAAAGCGAAGUGUAAAGGAGUAAAGAAGAAAAGAAAUUUAAUCAAAAAUAAGAGAAAUAGUGCAGAUAUAAGUUUAGGUAAUGGCGAUGCUGAUGAUAAGACUAAAGUGAUUAAACUUGAAGUGAAGGAAGAAAUUGCUUCAGGAGAAACUAUAAAUAAUGGUGUAAAUAUCGAUGAUUUAAAACUAAAGAGUGAAGUGAAAAGUGAGCUGGUGACAAAUGGAAAUGGUGUACAAGCUAAUUAAAAUCAAUCUGGAGUACUUAAUCUCAGAUCUCAAUAAACUUUCUUAAAAGAAUUUGAUUGAUAGGAACUUUUUAAAAGCCAAAUUGUUAUUUUCAUCUUUUUGAAAUUGUAACUUUGAACAAAAGAAAUGUCAUUAGUAGAUAAUAAUUAUUUUAAUGCUUAAUUUUAAAAUGACACCUCUGGUUGAGUAGUGUAAAUAUUUUUAGAAUUUGAUAUCAUUCUCAAUAUUUUCUUUUUGAAUGAAACACAAAUGUAUACUC